AUGGCGGCGCCAGCGUUUAUGCAGCGCACCCUGACGGUGUACGACUACAUCAACGAGUCGACGCCUGAAACGUCGCCGUAUCUCGAGACCUUGAUGCACAUCGAGAAGCAGCACAACUACGCCAUGUACAUGUCUCGUUCGAAUUCGAACGAGUGGCACGUGACCGACUGGCACGGCAACGUGAGCUACUGGCCGAACAACAUGAUGGUCGUGCAGUUCAAUUGCCUCGGCGGCGCCAGCAAGGACGUCGGCGGCCCCAAGCUGACGGACGCGGUGCUCAAGACCACGGUGCCGUUCAAAACGAACGGCGGCGAGUGGCGCGGCCACGACUACAGGGGCAGGUCGAUCCGCAUGGUGCCCAAGGAGAAGUACAGGUGGGAGGCGCAGUCGUGGGUGCAGUCUCACGCGUGGGACGAUCAGGCGGGCUGGCGCGACGUGGAGAACCCGUGGGACGACGGACGCGGGCGGGCCCUGCAGAUGCGCUGA